GGUUCUGAAAUGACGGCGGUGACACUGCACCUUCGCGACGAUGUGCGCUCAGCUGCUCGACGAGCCCACAGCGCCGGGACGACGGGCGCGUCAGUGGAGCGCUGCCAGACGGCCUUGCCAUGCCGCCCAUGGAACGUGCGACCGAUACAACUCCUUGGUAGGACGCCACGUGUAUGUGAAGCAUGUCGUCCAGGACAGAGCGGUGACGCCACUCCGCUGUCUUUUGGCGGCUCUUGCCAUAUCCAGUGCGAUCAGAGCCACGUGUGGAUGCCAUGACGUGCAAUGUGGUACUGCAGCUCGACGCCGUUCUCGGUUGCGUAGUGGCGUCGGGUCAUUUCACAUUCGCCGCGCGAGUGUACUCGACGACCCACGCCGUCAAAGCACCAGUCGGGCUUCCUUCCAAAUGAUUCGCCGCCUCCAGUUCCGCCGCUGCAGCCAUCGCCAGGGCAAGAGCGCGGACAGGAACGAGUCCAAGUCGCAAGUCCGGACCAAAGCGGCGACGUUGGCAUCGCACAACGACCUCCACGCGAUCGGGUUUGAGUUUAUGGCAGACAACCAGUACAUCCGCCGCGGCUACCGCGUGCAUUACUCGGCUGCCGACUGCCUCCGGUCGCUCUUUGCCCUCCACAACGAGACAUGGAACGUCUGGAUUCACAUCGUCGGGUCCCUCUUGUUCGCCGCGAUGGCCACGCUCCCCAUGGACGACGUUGCCGCCGCCCAUCAUGGAAGCGAGGCGCUCGCAACGUGGCCGAUCCGCGUCUACCUCAGCUGUGUUGCCGUGUGUUUUGCCUUGAGCGCGAUCUACCACUUGAUGUUCGUGCAGAGUCGCGAGUGGUCGGCCAUCUUCCUCCAGUUCGACUUUGCCGGCAUCCUCGUCCUCUUGUUUGGCACGUCCGUGCCCAAGCUGUACUACACGUUCUACUGCGACCCGAUUUUCCAGCAACUGUACCUUGUGAUGGCAGCCAUGGUCGGUGGCGGUGGGAUCGUCGCUACGUUUACGCCGUCAUUUCGGUCGCAUCGUCACCACCGCGUCCUGGUGUAUGCGAGCUCGAUCGCGGCCAUGUGCGUCGUGCCGCUCGCCCACCUCCUGACUACGGUGGGUCCGUCCGAUCCCCAAGUGAAGAUGAUGCUCCAGCCGAUGGCGAUGGGGCUCGUGUUCAAUCUCCCUGGCAUCUUCUUUUACACGACGCGAUUCCCAGAGCGCCUGGCCCCUGGCACGUUUGACAUUUGGGGCAGCAGCCACCAGCUCUGGCAUCUUUGCGUCCUGUUUGUCGGGUUUGCGUAUUUCGGCCAAGUGAAUGCCCAAUUCGAAAGCCGACUAGCUGCCAUGUGCCCAUUCGACCAACUGCAGUUCUAAUGGACAGCUCCCGCCGUGUGGGGCCCAUUCCGCGUGCUACCCUCCCGCCCCCCUCGACCCGAUGGCAGGCCGACGAUCCCUUAACAUCUUUAACUUAUUUCCUUCAUGUCGUGAA